ACAACAGACUGAUCCUCGUCAUCCUGUUAGUGAUACUGUCCUGGAUAUCUGUGGGAACCUAUGCUCAAAGUCAAGACAUUGCAAUGGAAGUGUCAAAUGGCGUGACAAGUGCACCAGAUGAGACCAUGGCAACAAGCAUGACAAGUGCACCAGAUGAGACCAUGGCAACAAACAUGACAAGUGCACCAGAUGAGACCAUGGCAACAAGCAUGACAAGUGCACCAGAUGAGAGCAUGGCAACAAACAUGACAAGUGCACCAGAUGAGAGCAUGGCAACAAACAUGACAAGUGCACCAGAUGAGAGCAUGGCAACAAGCAUGACAAGUGCACCAGAUGAGAGCAUGGCAACAAACAUGACAAGUGCACCAGAUGAGAGCAUGGAAACAAACAUGACAAGUGCACCAGAUGAGAGCAUGGCAACAAGCAUGACAAGUGCACCAGAUGAGAGCAUGGAAACAAACAUGACAAGUGCACCAGAUGAGAGCAUGGCAACAAACAUGACAAGUGCACCAGAUGAGAGCAUGGCAACAAACAUGACAAGUGCACCAAAUGCGCCAAUGGCAACAAACAUGACAGCAGAACCAACGACCGCAGCCCUAGUGACACCCUACAUCAUCCCAGUGGGAUAUCUUCAGACACCUCUUUCUAGGGCAGAAUGUGGGACCCAACAGCUCUGUGUGUCCGCGCCUGCUGUCUGUGACCCCUCCAGUGAUACAACAUGUUACUUUAUUGGUGUCAAGCGGCAGAGCGGUCAAAACUUUGAGUUUGCACUCUCAGGACAAUCCACAGGCUACACCGCUAACUCCCUGUCACCUGAUGGCACACUGGGAGGAAAUGACUCAGCCUACGUCUGUGCAAACGACGGCGGUGUUGUUAGAUUCUUUACAACUGUCCUCAGUAAGAUCCAGCUGAUUGAGACAAAGCUAAACGUGAGUUCAGUAAUGGGCAGGGUCGAUGGAACCAGAAUCCAGUGUACAUUUGUUGCCACAUUACCAACAACAGCUACUAAAUCAGCAACAGUUUACGCACUCACAGUCUUGACUGGAUCUUUCAACAGACAUUAUGGAAAUCUAGGAACCCCUGUUGUCCAAUUAUUGAGCCCUCUUCUAGAUCUGGGAAAUCCUUAUGUCACUAAUAAGACCGCUACCUCUGGCAUGACCAGUGUCCACGCCACUACAUUGCAGCAAUCACUGACGCAAGCUCUACUGAUCACUGUGGGUGUGCUGGGCCUGGCCAUCUUAUGAGGAAAGUUUUAACCUCCAUGAGUCAAGACAAGAAAACCUUAACCUUAACUUCCCUAUUCAUAUACAUGUGCCACUGAA